AUGAAGUAUCCCAACUUUUUUAUUUUAAACGUUUUUUAUUUCCUUUUCUUUUAUUUUUGCUUUGAAGAUGUUUAUUACCAUUGUAUUAACAUAGGAAAACCUCAGACAAACGUAAAUGGUAAAAAUGCAAACUCCAAUGAGAAGGCAAAUAAUUUAUCUACUGAGUGGAGUAAUAAAGGAUUUAAUUUUAUGGAUUUAUUGAAAAAUGGAUAUUUACAAAGUCAUGGUAAUUUAGAAGAAGUGAAAGAUGAAUUAGCUAAUGAAUUGGCUAAUAAAAUACAGAACAAAAUAGGUGAAUAUUUGAAUGACGAAAAAAAUUUAAGUGUUCUUCAACAUCUCCAACUUGAAGAUUUAGAUGAUUUAAAACAUUAUGUUAAGGAUGUUUCAGAAUAUAUAGGAUCAAAAGCAGGAGAUUUGUUAGAUGAAAAUUUAGAAAACACUCUCAAGCCUCUUUUAGAAAAGAAAUCCUAUGAGACAUUUGAACAAGCUUUACAUAAUAAAAAUACAGAUAAUUUUGUACCUUUCGAUGAAAAUAACAAAUCUGGAAAUGCUAAUGAAGAAACUGAAAAAUUUGUGGAUGAAUUAGUCGAGGAUUAUGAAAAGACAAAACAUCCAGAUUUGGAUGAACAGACAAAGGAGAUAAAGACACACAGUGAUAGUGAUUAA